AAGCGGGCCCAGGCCCGCGGAGCCUGGCGGGGCAGGGCGGGGCGAGGCGGCCGAGGGAGGCCCAGCCCGACCCGGCGCCCGGUGGCCCCACCGGCACAACCGGGCGCCCGGGGGCUGGCCAGGCUGCGAGCCGAGGGCCAGCGGGCGGGAGGCGGCGGAGCGGAGCGGAGGCUGCGAGCCCCGUGCGCCCCGGCCCGCCGUGCCCGCCGCGCGCUCCCUCCCCUCGUCUCGCCUCGCCUCGCCUCGCCUCCUCCUCUUGCUCUUCUCGCCUCCUCUCCUCCGCCCGGCGCCGCUCCCGCCCGCGCCCGGCCGCCAGACCCAGCCCAGCCGGGCCCCGUGCCCCGCUCUCCCUCGGCCCGGCCCGGUGGGGACCUGGUCCCCGAGGCCAACACCGCCCCUCCCCCCGGGGCCCGGCGAUUCCGGACCUUUCCGACCGUGGACUGAGCCGCGGGAGCGUUGUCGCCCCCGGAGGACGCCGGGGCUAGGCUGAGCGGACCCUCGCGGCCGCUCCGGACGCCGCAGGUGCCAGAGCGCGGUCAUUCGGGGUCCGGGCUGAGCGCGCCCCGGGCGCCCACGGGUGCCAGCUCACUCCGGGCAGGGCAGGGCAGACCCCGGCAGAGCCCGGAGCCGGCCGAUCUGGACUGGACAGAGCGAAUUCAGGACGGUGCCGAGCCCUGGGAAUGCCGGGCGUGGGCUGAAGGGAUCCCGGCGCCCUCCGAUCCCUCAGACUUUGGCUUGCGUGCUGGGACCGGACCGGCGUCGCCUCGGUCGCCCUGUGCCCGGUUCACCUGUGGCCUCAGAGCCCCGGACCCGCCGGACCCUUGCUCAUUCCCCACCAGAGCCCGGCGGGGGUUGGGAGAGAUUUUUCCUGGCCUCUUCCUUGAAGCGUGGAGGCCCCGCCCCCUCCCACCGUCCAGAUGUCUCCAGUGGCGGCUCUGAGGACCUCCUUGAGGCCAAGGGCCGAAGGGUCCAGAGAGAGAAGCCCGCCCUAGGGAGCCUUGGGGGCCCCCCAACCUCACCUUGGGACUUGGCCCCCGACGCUGCGCGGAAGGAAGGCCGGUGCCCCCACUCCCCCCCUUGGGGGCUGCCCUCCUCCAAUCCAGCUCCCUUCCCAGAGCCACCCACAUCUGGAGCCCCCUUCACAUCUGGAAGACCCCAGCCACCAUCCCUCUGCAGGUGUCAGUUGCAUCUCGAGACCUCUGCCUUUGCAGUUUCCCAGGAGUUGUGAGGGGAUUACUGCUGCCUUCCUCCCAUCCCAAGGGCAUCUCUUACCCUUAGUCCCUACAGAGUCAUCCCCCUGCCUCUGUGUCCAGCUUAGCAUACCCACAGGCACUUCAAGUCCUAGAGGCCACUCCUGAGACCCAAGGCCCCUCCCCCUGCUCUCCUGUGUCCUCACCUUGACCCCCCUCGGUCAGACUCUGUCUCCCUCUGGGUGUCCCAUUCCCCACCCAGAGGUAGAGGAGGCGGGGUGGUAGGGGGCAGGGGCUGGGUGAGGGCCACCCAGGGCCAGGGUGGGCUAGGGGGCCGUUAAGAUGUGGAGCUCUGCCCGGCUGAGGGGGGCUCCGUGGAGGCAGACGCAGCGUGUGCCCAGCUGGGGGGAGUAUGGGCAGGCCUGCGGCCACGUGGUAAAAGAUGAACAUUCGGGGCACCCCGGACCUCGGGCAGCCCAGUGACGACCCCAGCAGUGGUGGCGAGCGGGAGCGGAUUCGACAGCGCAUGAAGAUGGUCAUUGGGCAGCUGGAGGACAUACUGCGGGAGCUCAAGGAGGUGGCCAAGGAGCUAAGGGAGGUGGUGAGCCAGAUCGAUAAGCUAACCUCGGACUUCGACUUCGAACUGGAGCCAGAUGACUGGACCACAGCCACUGUGAGCAGCACCUCCAGCAGCGACAAGGUGGGCGUGGGCGGCCCCUUUGACCUGGGCCACCUGGACUUUAUGACAGCUGACAUCCUCUCGGAUAGCUGGGAGUUCUGCUCCUUCCUGGACAUCUCCACCCCCUCAGACUCCGUGGACGGCCCCGAGUCGACCCGGCCGGGGGCUGGCCCUGACUACCGGCUCAUGAAUGGCGGCAUGCCCAUCCCCAACGGGCCCCGGGUGGAGACCCCGGACUCCUCCAGCGAGGAGGCCUUCAGCGCUGGCCCUGUGAAGGGCCAGCUGCCCCAGCGGACCCCGGGCACACGGGAGAGGGUGCGGUUCAGCGACAAAGUGCUCUACCAUGCUCUGUGCUGUGACGACGAGGAGGGGGACGGCGAGGAGGAGCAGCUUGAGUUCCGGAGAUCACGGCAGCUUGCUUCACUGCCCCUCGCUCAGAUCAGGGAGGGGAAAGAAACCUACAGAAUAGUAUCCAUUUCACCAAGGAAGAAACAGACCCAGAGCCAGGGAUCUCUGACAGAGCCCUGGAAGUUUGUGAAGCCACCAUCACCACCCAGCUCUCCCACUUUCCUGUCCCCAGCCAUGUCAGCCAAGGAGACCGAGUUCCCUGUUCAGGCUGUUCCCUCCCUGAUCCCUGCAGAGGGUGGAAGCUUCCCCCUGUGGACAACAAUACCGUGGUGCAGCACCAGCAGGGCGUCCUACCCGCAGACACCAGCUCACCUGCCCUUCACUCUACCUGACCCAGCCUCCACCCCCAAGAAGCUUCUCCUCCAGUGGAUCACAAGCCCCUUGAGGGCAGGAACAAUCGCUGUGCUUCCAGGAGCUGACACAGGGUUGGCACAUAAGGCAUCAUUGCAAGACCGAGGGAUGAACUCAUACUUUUUAAUAAAGGAAUCUUCAAAUAGCCCUUGUAGCUAUUCCAUCAAUCCACUGGAGCACCAGCCACAGAGACAACUCAUUCACUAGGAAAACCGCAGGAGCAGAGAAGAGGCUGCUGAGGCUGGGAGGAGAGAUGGCUUGUGAGGUCUCAGCCGCCACUGCCACCACCACCAAUGAAACAUCUACCCCCUCAGAGGGGCUGGCCCUGUGGGGCUUGCAAAGAGGAGAAGCCCACUUUGUUGGGCUGCCCUCCCCCCCUUGUGAAGGUGGCUGCUCUGAUGCCAUGUUCCUGUCCUCAGAUUGAACCCCAGAAGGCAAUAUAACAGAGUCCUAUGGACCCAGUGCUGAGCUGGGGCAAGAGCCCUCCUCUGAAUGCUGCUCUGAGUUGCUGGGCAACUGCUCCCCUUCUCUGACUCAGUGGUACAGGGGAAAGAGCUGGGAGGUCCCUUCCUGGGCAGGCUGAGGUACCCAGAUUUGUGGAUGCUGUCCUUCACUCUCCUCCCCCCGACUCUUUCAUCUACUCCCUUCUCCCCAUGCACAUACCCAUCCAGAGCCACAUCAGACCAGGAGCAACAGAGCCACAGCAGGUGCACAGAGCCAGACAACCAUCCCCAGGAGCCCCUCAGCCCAGGCAUCUCAGCCUAGCCUUGUCCCACUCCAGUGCGCAGGGAGACCCCAGCUCAGGGACCUGGGGAAGGGGUAAGAAUGGUAUCUCCUACCCCAUUAUCCCUCUGUGGGGGUGGGGCAGGGAUGGAGGUGCCAUGGCUGCCUCUGACACAGCUCCUCUCCUUGGGUAAGAGCCUCUUUCUCUUCCCCAAGCCAAAGCCAACAAGCCAAUUAAACCCUGAGAAAGUAGAAUCGAUCUGCAGGCCAAGGGAUUACAUUGAUCUGCAGUGCUGGUACCCAGGGGGCCAUGGCUGCCUCCCCCUCGAGCCUGGUGCUCCUUCUACUGCCAUCUUCAGCUGAGCAACGAGCAAUCCUCCCCAUGCUCACCUCUAUCCUCCUGCACUCCUCCACCCCUGCCACACCCUGUCUGACCGCCUAUCCCCUCUCUGUUGGUCUGGGCUGAGCCUGAGGCCAUCUGUUCAGACCUAUUCAUUCACAUCACAUAAGUGCAGGUGAGGUGACACCAUGAAGCCUCUGUCCUUUGGGCUAUCUCUCUUCAUCUCAGUCAACCAGGGAAGGGGGCUACUGCUCUUGACCUCAGUUUGCAGGACACAGAGUACCCAGCACCCCAAGGGUUAGCAGGUAGCAUUCCCCACACAGAGGGUGGGAGUGGGUGAACAUGGAGCUUAGGGAAACUUCUCUGGUAAAUAAAAAAAGACAUGACUUGCAAUUACCAUAUCAAUUGUUUCUGGGUAAAUAGGUGCUGUCUAAGAGAUUUUUAAAAUAGAUUAUUCCUUUAAAUAGGUUAAGUACCCUUUGGCAGCCUCAUUUACAUUAUUCAUUUGCUGGGAAAUCCUUUU